CCGAUGUGUAGCAGGUCUGUUUUGGGAAAAAGCCUACUGCGGAAGUCAGUGCUGCAGAAAUAAGGGGCUAGUUAGGCUAGAUCAAUAUUAUUUAUCCUAUUUGUGUUUGAAAUUAAUAAAUAAACACAGAGUUUGAAAUGAAUGUGUUUAUUUUUAUAGCAUUAGUUUUUGUAAGCUCACAUGCGGCUCGCAAAAGUGAAGACGAUGACUGGGUGCAUUUACCGAAUAAAUGUGAAGUGUGUAAGUUUUUGAGCAUUGAGAUGAAAUCCGCUUUAGAAGAAACGGGGAAAACGAAAGAAGUGAUAGAGACGAACUACCGUUUCCUGGAUGAUAAAGGCGCUCCGCCCAUCAAAUAUGUCAAAUCUGACAUUCGGUUCAUAGAGGUAAUGGAAAGUGUGUGUUCAAGGAUUCUGCAGUACAACCUGCACAAAGAGAGAGAUGGCAGCAAUCGCUUUGCAAAGGGUAUGUCUGAGACAUUUUCCACCUUGCAUAACCUUGUCCACAAAGGAGUAAAGGUUGUUAUGGACAUUCCCUAUGAGCUAUGGAAUGAGACAAGUGCAGAAGUAGCUGACCUGAAGAAACAGUGUGAUGUGAUGGUUGAGCAGUAUGAAGACAUUAUUGAAGACUGGUAUAAAGGCAACCAGGAGGAAGACCUGACGACAUACCUGUGUAAGAAACAUGUUCUGAAAGGACAAGACACAUCAUGUCUAAACGAAUCCUGGGCUGGGAGGAAAGGUGACCCUGCAGCCAUUGCACAAGGUAAAAAGAAAAAGAAAGGCAAAAAGAAGGCCAAAGGUGGUGAGCAUAACCAGAACAAGGAGAAGAAGGUAAAGAAAAAGAAAAGUAAGCUGCGUGAUGAACACAAUGACAAGCAGAAAAUGGAAGAGGACGGGCAUACAUCAGACGAGGAGAUACAGAGGAGUGUUCCUCUUCAUCAGGAGAAAACUGAACUCUGAACUGUCUAAAUUCAUUCUGAUCAUGUAUUUGUACUGGCUCCUCACGUCUGGUGAACAUGUAUGUGUGGUUUGCCAUAAAUUGUGUUAAAUCUUCUGAACUGAUUUAUUGAUUCAUUUUGCAAAGAGUAUAACUUUUACACUCAGUUAAGAAAAGGUACAAGUUUAGGGUGGGGUGGAAUUUUUUACUCUCAUUUUAUUUCUCCAUCCUGAUGCUGUGAUUAGCAUAAAGAGACCAGAAUGAUUAUUUGGCUUCAUUACUGGAGUGUUAAUUAUGGAUAAAUCAUUUGAGUUAUUGAGUGUUUGAGUUAAUAUGACUUUAUACACUUUAUUGUUGCUUAUAAGAACCUCUUUAGAUUUGAAUGGUUUAGUAGAAAUGUAUAGUUUUGUCAUCUUUUAAUUCUUGUGCUGUGAACUAAAAACCUUUGAAUAAUGCAAUCACACCUUCAGGUCAGUAAUAUUUCUGUGUGUAUUAGUGCAUCAGUGUUAUUUUGGAUGCUUUCCUGUUGCUUUUUUUUUAUUAUUUUAUUUUAAAGUCAGUGCCCUGUUUAUGACAUGCUGCUCUUCCUAAAGAUUGAAAAUGGUGUGUUGUAUUUUAGGAAGGAAAAAACUUUACAAAUAUUGCAUUUUUGCAGGCUGAUAUAUGUGAAUAGUAUUUUACUGGUAGAGACAGCUUGUGUUUUUGAUAUGCAAUAAAUGUUGAUAAUUGGACAA